AUGCGUCUAUUCCUCGUCCCCAUUUCAACGAGACGCGCUUUCGUAUACUGCCGAUCCCCCAACGUCUUGAACGCGUCGCUCCUGGACAAGGUUACGGCCAAGGCAGCUGAAACCUGGGAGAAAUGGGAGCGAGCCGAUAAAGGGUGGAGGAAAACCCUCGUGUCCUAUGGCCAUGUUGUUCUCCAGCGGAUUCCCUAUGAAGAGUGGGGUUUGAAGAGUAUCCCUCCUCUGAGCGCACAGCGCCAGAUCGAGGAAACUCGCGAGAGAAAACCGGUUGAUGUGGUGUUUCCGAGAAAUGCAAUCAAGCCGGAAAAUGUGCUGGGUAUUCUGAGCAAGCUAGGCACGGAGAGACAGGAUCAUCAUCGCAGAAAGCUGUGGUGGAGCAUCGGGCUUGCCCCUCUGACCUUGCCCAUUGCAGUGAUACCAUUGGUGCCCAAUAUCCCUUUCUUCUAUUUAGCCUACCGAGGUUGGUCGCACUGGCGAGCUCUAAGCGGCUCAAGGCACCUGGUUUAUUUACAUGAGAAGGGGCUUUUGCACCCUCAAUCCUCUCCAGAGCUCGAGAAUUUCUAUUCUAAACGUCUCAUCUCUGGUAGACAAGAGCAUGGGAAUGAAAAGUCGGUCGUGCCUUUAGGGGAAGAGGAUACAGAGGAGAGGCUGCUCCUCGAAGAGUCAGAUGGGAAGGAAUUGGGCGAGAUAUUGGGGGCUCCAGAGAUCGCAAUUGAAGUGGAACGCGCUGUUGUUCAAAUACGGCAGAAGCUGCAUUCUGAGCAAGAUGCAUCUGUCCAAGGAAAAGGAACGCGCGGGUCUAAUACUUCGAAAGAGAAGGAGUUAUGA